GCCGCGCGUGCGGCUCGCAGGGAGCCAGCUUGCGCGUCCCGAGCCGCGGCCGCAGCCGGAGCUAGCAGAGGGCUCCUGCCCCGGCACGCAGUCGCCUCCCGCGGGCCUCUGGGCCUCCCCAGCACCAGCCUUGCCCGCCUGGCCCCAGCAGGCGCCGCAGCCCGUGGCCUGGGCAGGAGCGGCCGCCGGUAGCUGCGCCCUGCCCGGGACGGACGCCGGACCGCCCCGUCACGUGCGCCCAAGUCCUCGGCCGGCCGGGGCAGCGCCGUUCCCAUGGUUCAAGGCUGUUGAUGGAGAAGGGGGCGGAUGACAGCCGGGACAGUGGUCAUCACCGGGGGCAUCUUGGCGACUGUGAUUCUGCUCUGCAUCAUCGCUGUUCUGUGCUACUGUCGGCUCCAGUAUUACUGCUGCAAGAAGGACGAGUCGGAGGGGGACGAGGAGGAGCCUGACUUCGCCGUGCACUCGCACCUGCCCCCGCUGCCCUGCGGCCGGAACCUCGUGCUCACCGACGGGCCGGCGCUCUACCCGGCUGCCUCCACCUCCUUCAGCCAGAAGACCCCGCAGGCGCGCACCCUCUGCCGCAGCUGCUCCCACUACGAGCCACCCGCCUUCUUCCUGCAGGAGCCCGAGGACGAGGGCGUGCGCAACGGCGGGGAGCGCGUGGCCUACCAGAGCAUCAGCCCGGAGGACGCGGAGCUGCCGCCCGGGAGCUUUGCGGGGCUGCAGGCGCUCAACCCCAACCGCCUGUCGGCCAUGCGGGAGGCCUUCUCCCGGAGCCGCAGCAUCAGCACCGACGUCUGAGCGGCCCCGCCUGCCCGACGGGUCCCCAGACCAUGGUGGGGUCCCCGGGCCGCAUCAGCCUGGCCCCGGGCCAGGACCAGGGCCCGGCCCAGCCCUCCUCGCCUCCCUGUCACCACGGGGGCCCAUGGGGGAGCUCUGCGGCUUACGGCACAGAUAAGGCCCUGUGAGCACACGCACGGCCGCCGGGGGUAGGGGCUGUGGGGCCUGGGGCUGGAAGGCAGGCAGGCACAGGCGAGGGGUGGUUCCCAGGUGUCAGGCUGCAGGGCAAGGCAGGGCUCUGGGGCGGGAGACACCGGGCUCCUGACGGGGAGGCUGCCUUUCAGUGAAGCUGCCGUGGAGCGUUGGCCCCCAGCCCGGCCCCGGGAACGUGGCCCUCCCUGGCUGCAGGACCUGACCCCGUCCCCUCCCCUCCCCGGGCCUCCGCCUUCCCACCUGUUCAAGGAGGAGGGCUGACUGCGGUGCCGCUGGCCCGGUAGCAAGUGCAGACCAAGUAUUCUGUCCUGGAAAGGGGGCCGCUGUCCCCCCCACGCCUCCCCCCACACACGCACCCCUGGCUUCCAGCGCCAGGCUGCUGAGACACUCUUUGGGCUGGCCUCACUGCAGAUGCCCAAAUGAGUUUCAGGGCUGGCCGGGCCCUCGCCAUUCACAGCGCCACCUGGCUUUUUGGUGAACGAGGGAGGCACAGAGGGAGGAAGAGGCCACGUGCCAACCACCUGCUUCAGGAGUGUCCACACCACGACACGCGCCCCCUUCUGAAGCUCUGGUGUGGUAGGCAGACGGAGCAAGGAUCAGGACCAGAAAGACCCACUAUCUCCCUGUGAGACUUGGGACAGGCCCUCCUACCCACUGGGCCUCAGCCUCCGGGAGCCCUUCAAGCUCUGGUCCCCGGGAGAGACACCCCCUGAGCUCUCCCCCCCAGUCCCUGUGGCUCAGGAGGAUCUGGGAGCGAGGCCCAUGAUCCUGCUCUUGCUCCAUGGAACCCCAACUGAGCCCACUCCCCACCAAGCUCCCAGCAGGGCCAGGGUCUCCCUGGGAGCCCACCCUCCAGCUCCCUCCCUCUGGCUGGGGAAGUGAUACCCAAUGGCCACCCCAGGGAAAUGCCCCAGACCCAGGGACCCGGGCAUGGGGAACGCAGCUCCCCCACCCAGCCAGAGGCAGUGAGCAUUUCCUUCUCUGCAGCAGGGCCCCAGAGCCCCCGGCCCUCUUGGGGCCUGCCGUGGAGCCCCCAGGGUAAGGUAGCCCCUGUCUGCCAGGGAUACAGGCCAAGCUCCUCAGCCAAGCCAUCUUCCUAAAAGCCAAACAGAUCUUUGAGGGUCCCUGAGCCUCAGGGCAACCUGAGCACCUGCCUCUUGCCGAAAGCCCCAAAGAGUGGAGUCAUCUGGAUGUGAGAAGAGUCGGGGAAGACUUAACUAUUUUUAGCUUUCUGGAUUAUUUCUCCUUCUUCCUUUGUCCUCCUGCCUCAGUUUGGACAUGCUAUUGGAAUCCAUCCCCAACUUUCCUCGCAGCCAAUCUCCCCUCCUUUGUGGAACCCCAUGAAUUUGUUUUGUGCAUCUGCUUGGGGGGUGGGCUGGGGUGGGGGGCGAGCACCAGGAGGUGACACUUCCUGUGGGCGGCUCUGUCCCGGGUUCCUCUUUCCUUCUCUGGUCUCUAUUCUCUGUAUAGAUUCAUAGAUCCCCUUGAAAUGAGAUAAGGACCCCUCCGUGUGAGCUCCCGCAGCUGCACUGUGGGGACCUGCAGGGAGCUGGUGCUCCCUGAGAAAAGCGAAAGCCAAUAAAGCUCAUCUCCGGCACCACC